AUGUCAGAUGCCAAGGAAAUUUACGAAAUAACUGAAAAGUUUAACAUUGAGGAUUGGAAACAAUUUGCUAGAACAAAGUUGGAGGUAGCAAACACAACUAUUGAAGAAAUCGAAAGUAAAUAUAAAAACCAACUCAAAGAAAUCAAAUAUCAAACCGUUUGCCAUUGGCAGGGAAAUUUAAAGGGUUUCGAACUAUGCGAUGAACUUAAAAGACACAAGCAUGAGUACUUCUGUGGAAGCUACAGCGAGCAAGUGGUCAGUUCAGUACCAUCGUAUGUAGUGGAAGAGGCUUCAGGAGACAAAGCAGGGGCCGCUGCAGCUCUUCCUUCCGAAGGGGAACCCACGAGAGAAACAUACGAGCCAGAUGUUUAUUCGUUAUAUAACAAAAAGGGACGCGUAUUGAUAAUAAGCAACUCGUUUCAUGAUCAAAAUAAAAAUUUUAAAAGCAGAAAACCAGGGUGCGACAAGGACGUGGAAAAGAUGGUGAAACUGUGGAAACACCUGGGCUGCGAGCUGUAUCUACGAAAACCUCAUGUAGACAAGUCAGCUUCGGAGAUGUGUGGUCUUCUGAGAGGAGUGACCCAAUUACCAAAAUCUGAAUGUGCGUUUGUGGUGGUAAUAAUAAUGACACACGGUGAUUUAGAUAAAGACGGAAAUGAAGUCGUGUGCGGAAACGACGGUAUUGGUAUACCCAAAACAGUUAUCGAUAGCAUGUUUAGGAAUGAUAACGCCAUAGACCUUCACAAUAUUCCUAAAUUUUUCAUAAACCAGUGGUGUCGAGGACGUCGAGAUAUGAUACCAAUUCCUUGUGAAGAAAAUGGUUUGAAAGUUGAAGCGUGUGCUAGUGAGACAAUACCUGUCAUCUGCGAUACUGUCACCAUUCAUUCCGCACCUGCAGACCACGCUGCUUAUAUAUCGAAAAAUGGCUCUUUUCUGAUCAAAGCGAUAUACAACAUUUUCUGGAAAUAUGGAAAACCAGAUGUUAAAAACGCUAUUGCACGGAAAAACGUCGUGGACAUGCUGUCAUUGGUGAACGCUGAGAUGUGGAAAGAGUUCGGGAUUUCGGAAGGUGUGCCAAUAAGGCCGAUGUCUGUAUUCGAGUCGAGCUUGGUGAAAACUUUCUACCUGACCAAUUAG